CGCGCCACCGCCCGCCAGGCUGCGGGGAGCAACGGUCGGCGGCGCGCGAGCGCGGCGGUAACGGCCGCCGGGAGGGCAGUUAACGGCCGCCGGGGGCCCUGGAGACGGUUCCUAGAAAGAUGACCACUAUCACGCGGCAGGACCUUAACUUUGGACAAGUUGUUGCAGAUGUUCUUUCAGAAUUUCUGGAAGUGGCUGUUCACCUCAUCCUGUAUGUCAGAGAGGUUUACCCUAUUGGGAUCUUUCAGAAGAGAAAAAAAUACAAUGUACCUGUCCAGAUGUCCUGCCACCCGGAGCUGAAUCGGUAUAUCCAGGACACACUGCACUGCGUGAAGCCAUUGCUCGAGAAGAAUGAUGUGGAAAAAGUUGUAGUUGUAAUCCUGGAUAAAGAGCACCACCCGGUGGAGAGAUUUGUCUUUGAGAUCACCCAGCCACCUCUUCUUUCCAUUAGUUCAGAGUCCCUGCUGUCUCAUGUGGAGCAGUUGCUCCGUGCCUUCAUCCUGAAGAUCAGUGUAUGCGAUGCUGUACUUGACAACAACCCCCCAGGUUGCACCUUCACAGUCCUAGUUCACACACGGGAGGCAGCCACACGGAACAUGGAAAAGAUUCAGGUGAUAAAGGAUUUCCCAUGGAUCCUUGCUGAUGAACAAGAUGUGCACAUGCAUGACCCACGGCUUAUUCCACUGAAGACUAUGACAUCUGAUAUCUUAAAGAUGCAGCUGUACGUUGAAGAGCGAGCUCACAAAGGCACCUGACUUCAGCUCUUCAUCACCUUCAAGCCUCAUCAGAUCUUCCAGCGGAAUCAGAUUCCUUACAGACUAUACCUUGAUAACAACAGUCUCAUCAGCUGGCCUUCUGGGUGAAUGUAGAGCAGCUGCUGCCUCUUUGUUUCAAGUGCGCUUACCACUUUAUAUAGAACUGACUUGGAAUGUGGAGCCAGAGCCUGUUCCCAUGUACACGUGUGUGAGAGUGAGUAUAGGUUUUGUUACAGCGAGUCCCUGGGCACAGGGGGCAGGAUAAAGCUGACUGCACCGUGCAUCCAGUGCUUUGUACAAAUCCGCUUCUAGCCUUAAUUAGGUAUCUCCAUUGCACACUGAUAGUGAUACACAGGGAUCUGUUGUGUGCUCUGCUAGAGCAGUGGACUCGCACCACAGGUGACUGAGGCCUUGCACAGUAUCCACUGUGACUGUCCUAAGUAGUUUUCAAUAAAUAUUAAGUUUUAUGCCAGUAGAACUAGGCUGAGUUCUAUCCAAGCCAGUCUCUCCCUAGUGAGAAAGUAAUUGCUCUUUUUAUUUAUACGGAUCUUUUACCACUUUUCCAUACCUUUUGUGGAAGGUGGCUGGGAUCUGUCAGUUCUGUAGAAGACUAUGUAACCAGUGUCUCCCCUUUCCUUAGGGGAACUUCCACCUAAGAGUGGGGUUAGCAAAGAGGAAUUUGCCUGCCAGCCCAGCAAGGACACUUGCCAGACAUCCUGGUCUUAACAGACCAGGCAAAGAAAACCACCAUCAUCGUGCACCUAUACAAGGAGGCAAGAAGAGGGCUGUAGCAUUGGUUCUGCGUAUACAGGGGUGGAAGAAAUAGUUUGUAGUUUUCAGCUGAGCUUAUUCAGAAGAUACUUAUGAUAGAAGAUACUCCCUGCCUCCUCCAAGAAAUAAGUGGGAGAACACAUUUGUCAUUUGCAGCUUUAAACUUUUAUAGGGUGUUAGACUGUUUAGUACAAGCCAAGUGCUUUGGUAGUGCAAAGAUAGCAAGGAAGAAGCUAAGCACAAUCAAGUUCCAGCUUGUAAAAGGCACUUAUGUUGUAAGGUACCCACCUGUGAGAGAUUCCUUACCUCUUUCCCUGUUUAUUCAAAUAAAGGUGGGCAGUAUGUGGACAGGUAA